AUGAACAGAUUUUAUUCCAUGGAGGCGGUGGAGCCAGAGAACGGGACUAAAGUUAGAGAGUCCUUCAAGUUUGCGUCGGAGGUGAAGACGGAUGUAGGGAGGGACGGUGGAGAGGAGCCAUCAGAGCCCUCCUGCUGUCUCAGUGUCAGCAAUAUCUCCUACACAGUCAGUGAGCGUGUGGGUCCCUGGUGGGACUUACCCUCCUACAAGAAGCGAUGGACUCGUAAAAUCCUCAAUGAUGUCUCCUUCCACGUAGACAGUGGGCAGAUAAUGGGCAUACUGGGCAAUUCAGGCUCAGGAAAGACCACGUUGUUGGAUGCCAUCUCAGGGAGGAUUGGAAACCAUGGUAUGCUGUUGGGUGAGAUCUUCGUUAAUGGCAGGAAAAUGAAGAGAGAUGAGUACCAGGACUGCUUCUCCUAUGUACUGCAGAGUGAUAACUUGUUGAGUUAUCUGACAGUGGAGGAGACUCUGACCUAUACAGCCCAGCUGGCUCUGAGGAAACACUCAGCCGCAGCUAUCAAGAAGAAGGUGUCGUCGGUGAUGGCCGAGCUGAGUCUGAGUCACGUGGCCCACAGCGUUAUUGGAGGUCGUGUUUUCCCGGGGAUCUCUGGGGGCGAGAGAAGAAGGGUCUCCAUUGCCGGCCAGCUGCUUCAGGACCCAAGGGUGAUCCUAUUGGAUGAGCCGACCACUGGCCUGGACAGCAUGACCGCCAAUCAGAUUGUGGUGCUGCUGGCAGAGCUGGCCAGGAGGAACCGUAUCGUGAUAGUAACCAUCCACCAACCUCGCUCCGAGCUCUUCAGGGUGUUCAGCAGGAUAGCUAUAAUGAGUCGUGGAGAGCUGGUGUUCUGUGGGAAGCCAGAAGAGAUGGUGGACUUUUUCAGCCAAUGUGGAUAUGAGUGUCCAGAGUACUGCAACCCCUUUGACAUCUACGUUGACUUCACCUCAGUGGACACACGCAGCAGUGAGAGGGAGACGGCCACCUUCAGUCGCAUGCAUGAGAUCACUUCAUCCUAUCAGAGGUCUACCAUCUACCAGGGCAUGUUGGGCAAAAUGGAGCAAAGCCUGCAGCGAUCAGACAAGCCAGACAUCCCCUUUAAGAGCAAAGAGUCACCCAGCGGUGCAGCCAAACUUGAAGUUCUGCUAAGGAGGACAGCAAGAAACCUGUCCAGAGACAGGAUGGGUGUUCUGAUGCGUCUGUCCCAGAACCUGAUCUACGGUCUUUUUGUGGCGUUCUUUGUGAUGCAUCUAGACAACGACGUCAACAAGGGUGCUGUGCAAGACCGUAUUGGCAUCAUCUAUCAGAGCGUUGGUGCUUCGCCCUACACUGGCAUGCUGAAUGCUGUAGCUCUCUUCCCGGCAUUGCGAGCCAUCAGUGACCAGGAGAGUAAAGAUGGUCUGUACAGUAAAUGGCAAAUGUUCUUGGCCUACAUCUUCCACAUCCUGCCCUUCAGCAUCCUGAGUGUUUUCAUUUUCACUUCCUUCCUUUACUGGACGGUGGGGAUGCAUCCUGACAGCCUGCGCUUCCUGUGUUUCACUGCUGUAGUCCUGGUGCCACAUAUUAUAGGUGAGCUCCUGACUGUGGUGUUAUUAGGAGUUGUUCAAGACCCUAACAUGGUCAACACUGGAGUUGCUCUGCUCAAUAUUGCAGGGAUUGUGGUGGGAUCUGGCUUCCUAAGAAGUACCCAGCAGAUGCCGGUGGUCUUCCAGUGGCUCAGCUACCUGACCUUCCAGAAGUACAGCUGUGAGCUGCUCAUAGUCACUGAGUUCCAAGGACUUGACUUCACAUGCAAUAAUUCCAAACCUUUGCCGGGAGCCUGUCUGGUCACUCAAGGCAAUCAGAUCAUUGAUGAGGGCUAUCCUGGCGCUCUGUCCCGAUACACACUAGACUUUGUUCUCCUCUACUCCUUCCUGCCUGCCCUCCUGCUACUGGGCAUGAUUAGCUUUAAGAUCAGAGACAGGCUUGUAUGUCACUGAAACCACAGACACAUAUUUGUGGGAGAAUCUUCAGUUCUCCCAGUUCUCCCUAAGCAGAAAGCUAAACUGAAUUUGGUUCUGAAGAUCUAAAACAAAUUUAGACUUCAGAUUCUGAUGUUAUCAGUGGUGGAACAAGUACUUAAAUAUUUAGUAGAUAAAUUGAGGCAAUACCACAGUGUAGAAAUACUUUUUUACAAGGACAAUUCCUGCAUGCAAGGAAAAGAACAGAAGAACUAAAUACAAAAAUGCUGAAUGGCCCAUACGUAUUAAUGUGUGCAUUACUUUAAUGUUGUAGCUGGUAAAGGUGGGACUUAUUCCUUUUUUCCAUAUAUAUACUGCUGAGUAGCUUGUAAGUAGGCCUUAUCUUUACCUAUAAUAAUAUAUCAUAAUGUAUUUGUUGAUUAUAUUUUGUUUUAUAUUUGUAUGCAAGGUAACUAGUGACUAAAGAUAUGAAAUACAUGCAGGGGGUAACAAUAGUACAUUUCCCCCUGAAUUGUAGUAGAGUGGAAGUAUAAAGUAGCAGAAAAUUGAAAUACUCAAGUAAAGUACCUCAAAAAUGUACUUAAGUACAGUGCUGGAGUAUAUAUACUCCACCACUUGUUAUUCAGAGAAGGUGAGGUACUAAAGCACUGUGGCUCCUGCUAACACGUAUCAUCUCUGUUUGCACUAAACCCUUUUCUCUGACAUUCAAGGAAUAUUUCUGUGUAUGCACUUACGAUAAAGCUUUACAGAAUAACGUUUUCACAGCAAUGAUGAGAGCUUCUGUUUUUAGUUCAGGGUGCAAGGUGUACAAUACAACAGGACUAAUCUAUGCUGGCUGGGAUACACCCAUUGUAAUUAAGCUAAACCACUGAGUGGUCCUACAACUAAAAAGCACCAUAAAUCAACCUGCUGCUUUAACAUUGAUUGGGCUCGACGAGAGAGACAGACCGCAAAGAUUCAACCUAAGGUCCUGUAUACUUUAAAAAGUCAGUUUUAGAGUAGAACAUAUAUUUGAACUAAUGUCAAAUUAAUGAUUUUUACAUAAAAAUAUACAGAAAGUGAUACAUGUAAACUACAUGUAACUUGAAGCUUUAAUUAGAAAAAGCCAGUUUGAUUCAAAACUGAGUAAUGGACUGCUGUAUAUCAUUGAACAGCAGAAGACUGUCCAUGUCCUUUGUUUGAACAUUGUGAGUGUAAUGUGUCAUGAAUAGAAAGUGAUGCCUAUUGUAAUAAUGUAAAAUUGUUUAUUUUUUAUAAUACACUUUAUCAUCGUUAUACAAAUAGUUUUGUUAUGUUUGAAAUUUUUUGAGAAAACAUCUGUAGUUAUACAAGUUGUACGAAUUACAAAGUAGUAAAAAAGGAAAUGACACAAAAGGAAAUAAAUAAUGCAAAAUAUA